AUGCAUUUGAAUGCUGAUGUUGAAAGCUUGAAUGGAAUUGAAUUAACAAGCUCAACUGGGGAAAUUGGUCUAUUGUGGAUUCUAGAAUAUUUUCUGAAGAGAAAAGAUUUCCCUUCUAACCAUUUUAAUCAACACGUCAUAUUUAGAAUUGCGCUUUUCGAUGAAAAUAAGUUUAAAGACUGUUUAGUAAAGUUGGUUGCGCAUCACGAAGCAUUCCGAAUAAGAUUUAAGAAGGGUGCUGAUGCCAAAUAUUUUCCAUGUUAUCAAACUAAUCUUGAUUCAGAUCAGAUUAAUCUAGUCCGAAUAAAAACGUUAGCGUCAACUCAAAUGGCCUUAGAGACUGAAUUAUGUGGUUUAUUGAAAAAAACAACUGACAUUGAGAACGGACCAAUGUACAUGGUGGGCUACUCAUAUGAUCAUGAAGAUAAUGGCUCGGCCAAAGUGUGGAUUUUUAUACAUGAUCUAAUUGCCGAUUGGAUAAGUUGUCGAAUUAUCAGUGAAGAUUUGCAGCGACUUUACCAUGGCGGUAACUUUGACAGUAAUAGCUGCUACAAACAGUGGUCACAUGCUGUAAAAGGUUAUGUGAAUGGAAUUGGAACCAGUGAGAUGGAACAUUGGCAAAGCUUAUCAAACGCUAGUGUAAACAUUUUCAAUGCAGCUCUUGCGGCUAAACAACUAAGCAAGUACGACGUAAGCGAGACGGAAAUAAGAUUAACUGAAGAGAUCACCAAAGGUCUACUGAAUGAUUAUAAUAAAAUCUACAAUACACAAACGGAGCAUCUCUUGUUAACUGCAUUAGGUUACACUAUGCGCGACGAAAUAACUAGCCUAACAGAAAACUAUGUCAUGUUCGAAUGUUCUGUCCGCGAUUUCGUAAAUAAUUUGGACAUGAAUCGAUCGAUUGGAAUGUUCAGAACGCUAUAUCCGGUGCGACUACAGUUAGCUGAUGAAGACAUACGCAGUAGCAUAAUAAAUAUUAAAGAGCACGUGAAACAAGUACCCAAUAAAGGUAUUGGAUUUGGAGCGAUCCCUCGCAACGAAAACGAUAGUCUCCCAUGGGUUUUAUUUAAUUACCUUGGCUCUUUCGAAAACGAACACAAUGAAAACGGCAAUGAAGAUGAAUGGUGUUUACUUGGCGCUUUUUGCGAGAAUCGUAUGGAUGAAAACACCCAAGGACGGAUCCAAAUAAAUGUAUUCAUAAUAAACAAACAAAUGCGACUGAAUAUAAAAACAAAAAUGGGAACCGAAAUAACUGUUCAAUUUGGUAAAGCAUUCCAAAUUAAUAUUGAAAAGAUUAUUAAACAUACCCAGUCGGUGAAUCGUACCUAUUUGACUCGGAGUGAUGUACAUUAUGUGAUCAAGAAUAACGACUAUUUAAAUAGAAUUCAACUAGACAAGGAAGUUGAUGCUAUCUUCUUGGCAAAUAGUCUACAACAAGGCUUAUUAUAUCAUUCAUUGAAACAAAGCAACGUGGAUGAUGCAUAUAUUGUACAAUCCAUAUUACAAUAUCGAACACAUAUUGAUCAGAAAAUGUUUAAGAUGGCCUGGGAACACGCACAAAAGAGGUUUAGCACCCUAAGAUUAAGAUUCGACUGGCAAGAGGAACUGAUUCAAAUAAUUGAUAAAAAGCAAUCCUUGGAUUGGCGAUUUAUAGACUUGACAACAGAAGAAGAAGACGACGUUCCAAAUCAAGAAUCAAAAAUCAAGCAAAUACAAGAAGAAGACAGAAAUGAAAGAUUUCAAUUGAAUAUGGGAAAUCUGUUUAGAGUUUACUUGAUACAGCAGAACAUUGACUUAUUUGUAUUGAUUUUCAGCUUUCAUCACAUUAUUCUAGAUGGAUGGAGUUUGCCAAUAUUGCUUGACUAUGUUCAUCAAGAUUAUUUGAACUUGAUCGAGGGUGAACACCAACCUCUACCUAUUACUUCUUUUCAUUCAUCUUCAUAUCGGGAUCAGAGCUAUGAGAAUGCACAAAGGUAUUUGCAAGAGCACCGCCAAGAUAACAUUGAUUAUUGGGAAAGUGAAAUAAACAAAAUAGAGGAUAUAUGCGAUUUGACUGGUUUAUUAAAACAAGAGAAGAAGAAUAAGGUGGUGCUCAAUCAAUACGAUCAUGUGAAGGAGCCAAAAUCUUGGACAUUAACAAUUGGCGACAACCUUUAUAGAAAUCUGAAAGACAUAUGCCGUGAAAGUGGCAUAACUUUUAGUUCGAUUUUGCAAUUUAUUUGGCAUAAAAUAUUAAGCGUCUAUGGCAACAGCAGUCAGACAGUCAUUGGAACAACAGUAUCCGGUCGUAAUCUACUAGUCGAUGGCAUCGAAACAUCAGUUGGCUUAUUCAUAAACACACUGCCAUUUGUUGUGAAUCAUUGUGCGGAUGGAUUAAUCAUAGAUACAAUAAAAGAUAUUCAAGAUAGGAUGAAUGAAAUGAUUACUCGAAGUAAUGUCGAUUUCUCUCAACUAAGUAAAGGGAAAAUGAAGCGCAGUUUAUUCGAUUGCUUGUUGGUUUAUGAAAAUUAUCCAACUCUAGCGAGCAAAGUUCCGCGAAAUGAACAAUUAUUGAAGUUCGAAACAAAAGAUAGCGUUGGGAAACUAGACUAUCCGUUAGCCGUUGUUGCUUAUGAAACAGUAGCGAGCGACUGCGUGACAUUUGUCCUAAAUUAUGCAGGGGAAUUAUUUGAAAAAGAAACAAUUGUGGACUUAUUAGGCUUAGCUAAUGAAUUAUUCACUCAAAUUGGAAAUGGUCAAAUAACACGAGUCUCUGACUUGCAUUUGUUGCCAAUGAAGCAACUGAAAAUGAUCAACGAAUGGAAUGAUAUAUAUACAAACGUCGCAGAAUUGAACACACAAACAACACUGCAUCAACUAUUUGAAGUAGAAGCAGGAAAAUCAUCUGAGAAAAUCGCCGUUAUUUAUCAAGACGUACAACUCACUUAUGGAGAAUUGAACGAAAAGGCGAACCGAUUGGCACACUAUUUACGAUCGAUAUGUGAUAUUCAGCCGGAUGACUUGAUAGCCUUGUUCUUGGAUAAAAGUGAACUGAUGAUUAUCAGCAUACUGAGCGUGUGGAAAUCGGGUGCAGCCUAUGUUCCUAUUGACCCUAGUUAUCCAGACGAGCGGAUUCAAUUCAUCCUAAAUGAUACGAAAGCUAAAAUCGUCAUAACUAAUACGAAAUACAUGACAAGAUUUGAUCGAUACGACAUCAUGAAAAUUGAAGUUGAUUGUCUACUAAUUAAUCAAUUGAUAAGCAAAAAUAGCAUGACUUUCAAUCCUGAUGCAAAUGCAACUAAAGACAAUAUGGCUUAUGUGAUCUAUACGUCGGGUACGACUGGUCAACCGAAAGGUGUUAUGGUCGAUCAUGGAAGUGUGCUCUCGUUCAGGAACGAUGUAAUUCAUCGAUAUUUUGGCGCAGAUUACACCGAAAAUUCGCCUAAAGCGAUUUUGUUCCUUGCCAAUUAUGCCUUUGAUAUGUCGAUUGAGCAAAUAGUACUGUCUAUACUCGGUUCGAAUAUGCUCAUAAUUAUUUCAAACAUAUUUACUGUGGAUGAAAACUUUUACACUUAUUUGAAUGCAACGCGAAUAACGUACAUGAGUAUGACACCAAGCCAACUACAAGGAAUCGAUUUGAGACACCUGAAUCAUUUGGAAUCAUUGACAUUAGGUGGUGAACCAUUAUCUGAAAUGGUAUUCGACAAAGUACGGACACAGUACAUCGGUAAAGUGAGAAAUGUGUACGGAUUGACUGAAACAACCAUCUGCAAUAUGUUUUAUGUGUACGAAAAUGAUAUGAAAUAUAGAAGUUCAAUGGGCGUGCCUUUGUCCAACACGAAAACGUUUGUGCUUAAUAGGAGCCUGCAAAUGUUACCAGUAAAUGCUGUUGGCGAACUCUACUUGACUGGUAGUUGUGUAUCGAGAGGAUAUUUGAAUCGACCUGAAUUGACUGCUGAACGAUUUCUACCGAAUCCGUUCCAAACGGAUGAAGAAAAGAAAGAGGGCAAGAAUGCACGUAUAUACAAGACAGGCGACUUGGUUCGCUGGCUACCAGACGGUGAAUUGGAAUAUCUAGGUAGAAAUGAUCUGCAGGUGAAGAUUAGAGGGCUCAGAAUUGAAUUGGGCGAAAUCGAAGCUGUUCUAUCUUCGUAUCAAGGAGUCCAUCGAUCUGUUGUUCUAGCUAAAGACCACAAGAAGAAGAAUAUUGACGCGCCAUCAACGAAAUAUCUUGCUGGAUAUUAUGUUUCCGAUGAUGAUAUCGAUGAAUCUAAUAUAAAACAGUACAUACAAACAAAAUUGCCUGAUUACAUGAUACCGAAUCGCCUGAUGCGGAUAGAGAAAAUACCGGUGACUAUUAAUGGGAAAUUGGACACAAAAGCGUUACCAGAUAUCGACUUUGCUGCCGAUGAAAAGAAUUACUGUGCGCCUAGAAAUAAAUUGGAAGCGAACCUUUGCGAAAUAUGGUCGGAUUUACUGGGGAUUGAGAAAGUCGGUAUCACGGAUGAUUUCUUUCUAAUGGGAGGCGACAGUGUUAGUUCAGUGCAACUAGUUGGUCGCAUUGAGAAGGAUAUGAACCUACAUGUGUACAUCAAGGAUAUUUUUGCAUUUAGGACUAUCGAUAGUUUUUGCCACAAUGUGUUCAGGAACAGUUCGGGUCCUGAAAUUGCGAAACUGUGUGACACGCAUCAAUAUGAACAGGGAGUAUUUAGUGGUGAAGUACCUCUGUUGCCAAUACAGGAGUGGUUCUUUAUGAAGUUUUCCGUUGGUAUCAAUCACUGGAAUCAAGCAUUUCUCAUUGAAACGCCAAUUCUGGAUCAGGACAGACUGAAGGAUUCUUUGAUCAAGUUGAUGGAUUAUCACGAUGCUUUCAAGUUGAGGUUUAAGCGUUUUGGUGAUAAGAAAUACUUGCAGUACUAUGAGGAUUCAACAAAUAUUCCAUGUGUUUUGCCCUUCAAUCAUUUGGACGUGCGUACUCUUGGACAGAAUGAAAAUACCGACAAAUUAUUGCACGAUAUAUUAACGAAGUGGCAAAGUCAAUUUGAUAUUGAGAACGGGCCACUCUUCUGCGUUGGUUAUCUUAACGGUUUUGUUGAGGACAAAGCGCGUGUCUGGUUCGCAAUGCACCAUUUAAUCGUUGACACAGUGAGCUGGAGAAUUAUCUGCGAAGAUUUGCGGCGGCUCUAUGGCGGUCAGUCACAUUUGGGAAAAAAGGGCAGUAGCUACAGGCAAUGGUCACAGCUCGUUCAGUCGUAUGCAAUAUGUAAAUCAGCGACCGAAGGUGUUUACUGGCGUAAUCUUGUGAGCAAUAUUUGCUGUUUCAAUGACAAUUUAAGCCAGCACAAUGCUGUAUCUGCCAGUAGACUAACAACGAAUGCGACAAGUAUCACACUCAGUAUGGUACAAACAUGUAGCCUUUUGAGAGACUGCCCACAGGCUUACGGCGCAAAUAUCAACGUUUUGCUACUUACUGCACUUGGUUAUAUUCUCAAAGAGCUAACAGGAAAUCGAAUUAACUAUGUGACAUUAGAAGGUCACGGUCGUGAAGAUAUUGAUGACGAAAAUGUGGAUAUCAGUCGAACCGUGGGUUGGUUUACAACGAUGUAUCCGGUUCUUCUCGAAAUUGAUGAUGAUCUCAUGCGUAGUAUCAUGAAUAUCAGAGCGCAUUUGAUGCAAGUUCCUAAUAAAGGGAUUGGCUACGGCACAAUUAUUGGCUACAAAGAUCAAGAUUUACCACGAGUUAGCUUCAAUUAUCUCGGACGGUUCGAAGCAGCACCAUCCACAAAAGCAAGCAAUAGUGGUCAGAGUAGACGAUGGUAUUUAACCGAUGGAAUUGUCGGAGACGAACUUGCGGAGAAGGCUUGUGUCGGUGACGUUAUUACUGUGAACGGACUUUGUAUGAAAGGGCAAAUACGAUUCAACAUCACGAGCAGACUGAAUUCUGACAGAACAGUACAACUUGCCAAUUCGUUUAAAUCAAAGCUUGAAGAUAUCAUUCGCGACUGCUUUUCUAUUAAGCCACUAAUUGAAAUAGAUUAUUCAAAUGAUUUCGAGCAUCCAUUUGUUAUAUUAAAUGCUAAUGCCAAUAAUAUUUUGUUCGUUUUGCCACCUGGCGGUGGUGGCGCUGAGAGCUACUUUAAUAAUAUUGUUCCUCAUUUAUCAGCAUACAAACUGGUAUUAUUCAACAAUUAUUAUGCUAACCUUAAAGUAAAAAAUUUGGAGAAAGGCUUAUCAUUCGAAACAUUAGCUUGUUUAUACGUAAAGUAUAUAAAACUAAUUCAAUCCAAUGGUCCGUAUAACUUGCUGGGUUGGAGUUUUGGCGGAGUUUUGUCGUUUGAAAUUUCGCGCCAGCUAAAUAACGGUGGCGACGAAAUCGCUAAUUUAUUUAUGAUAGACUCUUGCUUUAACCUGGAAAAGGCUGCUGCUGAAAUCCAUGGAAUACGCGAAAUGGGAAUAGUGGAUGAAAUCAGCUACUCAUAUUUGCCAUACAUAGGCAACGAAGCGUUUGGAUUAAAUAUAGUCAAUAUGAAUGUAAACAUCGUAUUAUUCAAAGCUAACAAAUUGGAUAAUGCCUAUCGGUCGAACGCUGAGUUAGAACUACUCAAACAUUACACUGAUACAGCAUUUAAUUACUUAGACACAAUAGUGAAUCAUAAAUAUAUUCAAGUAAUUGAAAUGCAUGAUGAAAGCCAUUCGUCUUGGAUAUCGAAUAAAGAGCAAAUCGCCAAUAUUUGCAACUAUUUAGUACGUGUCUUAAAAUAA